UAGGGAGAAGCUGACACACUGAGACGGACCCAGAGAGCAAGACUCCAGAGAAGGAGCAAGGGGACAGAGGAGGGAGUAAGAGAGACUGCAGAGCUGCAACGAGGACCCAGGACGGCGGUGGUGGGCGUCACAGGGGCAGACCGGGCUCCUCCUCCCCCUACUCCAACCCCAGGGACCCUUCCAGUCCCGGCCGCAGAGGCUGGGGAUGGCGGAUUCGUGCCGGAACCUCACGUACGUGCAGGACUCGGCGGGCCCGGCCACCAGCACCCUGAUGUUUGUGGCGGGCGUGGUGGGCAAUGGGCUGGCGCUGGGCAUUUUGGGGGCGCGACGGCGAUCACGCCCCUCGGCUUUCGCGGUGCUGGUCACUGGGCUGGCGGUCACUGACCUGCUGGGCACGUGCUUCCUGAGCCCGGCAGUGUUCGUGGCCUACGCCCGCAACAGCUCACUGCUGGGCCUGGCCCUGGGCCGCCCGACGCUGUGCGACGCCUUCGCCUUCGCCAUGACCUUCUUCGGCCUGGCCUCCACGCUCAUCCUCUUCGCCAUGGCCGUGGAGCGCUGCCUGGCCCUCAGCCACCCCUACCUCUACGCCCAGCUGGACGGGCCGCGCCGCGCCCGCCUGGCGCUGCCGGCCAUCUACGCCUUCUGCACUGUCUUCUGCUCGCUGCCCCUGCUGGGCCUGGGCCAACACCAGCAGUACUGCCCGGGAAGCUGGUGCUUCAUCCGCAUGCGCUCGGCCGAGCUGGGUGGCUGUGCCUUCUCUCUGGCCUAUGCCAGCCUCGUGGCCCUGCUGGUGGCCGCCAUCAUCCUCUGCAACGGCUCCGUCACCCUCAGCCUCUGCCGCAUGUACCGCCAGCAGAGGCGCCACCAGGGUUCGCUGGUCCCAGGUCCCCGGACUGGCGAGGAUGAGGUUGAUCACCUGAUUCUGCUGGCCCUCAUGACCGGCAUCAUGACUGUGUGCUCCCUGCCUCUCACGAUCCGCGGCUUCACCCAGGCCAUUGCCCCAGACAGCAGUGAGACGUGGGACCUCCGCGCCUUCCGCUUCAAUGCCUUCAACCCCAUCCUCGACCCCUGGGUCUUCAUCAUUUUCCGCAAGGCUGUCUUCCAGCGGCUCAAGCUCUGGUUCUGUUGUCUGGCCCUGAGGCCUGCUCAAGAUCCCUCACAGGCAGCUGUCUCCCAGCCUGCCUUGGGAAGGAAGGACUCAAGGGCCCCCACGACUCUCGGUGGGAAGGAGGGGAGCUGGGUGCCUUUGUCAGCUUGGGGUGAGGGGCAGGGGCCACCCUUGCCAGUUGCACAGCCAUCCAGCAGCACCGUGGGAAUGCCGUCCAAAGUGGGGUCCAAGGCUGCCUGCUCCCUCUGCUGACAUCUGCCCCAUGAUCUCCUGCCCUGUCUUCCGGGAGCAGGAGCCAGAAAUUCAGGGACAUGACUGAUGGCUGCGAGUGAACAAGCCAAGAGAUGGAUCCUGGAGUCCUGCCUGCCAGAACCCUGACCCCCUGGAUUCAGGGGGUGAUCAGCUGCUAUUUCUCCUUCAGGGUGGCCACGAUGUGGGAGAGGGAUAGGGAACAAUAAAAAGAACAGUUCUCUCAAAAUAUCCAGUGGCCUGGCCGGCCUGGACUGGCCCUUGUUAGCCCAUCCAUCUCACUGUCUAAAUAUUUAGAAGGCAGAACAGUUCCCAGCAGCUUCUGUGUGCUCAGGUCUGCUCUGGUUAGAGUUCUGGCUCUGAUCCUCAUUCAUUCAAGGUGCCCUGGUCACCCACCCCCACUCCCCUGGGGGAGUGGCUGCCCUCCCCCAGCCCACUCCCAGAGCCACCCUUUCUCCGCCUCCUGGGUACAGGGAUUCCCUGACAAGCUCCCUCCUCCUCUUACUUCUGAUUCCCCAUCGGACUGGGGAGCCCUGUUCCCCCCAGGGGAGCUGGGAGGAAGGGGAGACUGUUGCAUUGUGGAUGACACCACUGGACAGAUGCCUGGGAAAGGAAACUACAUGGCUUGGUGGGUUGCAAGAUGUGGCUGGUGGGGCCAUGGGUGGCUGGGGAGCUGGAGAAGCUGGAGGAUGACUGAAUGGGAGGUAUGGAACCCAGGGAUGGCCCAAGAACUCAGACCUAAGUCCUGUGUCCGUCCCUCAAUAAAUAACUGCCUCCUCAUAGAGCCUGACCUCACCUCUUGUGUCCUUGGAGCCCUCACAAAAAUCUCAUUCAUUCAUUCAACAAAUAGUGGGUGCUGACUCUACCAGGUGUAGGGGACUCAGACCAGUCUCAGCCCUACCCUGGAUUCCUUGGGGGAUUUCUAGCCUUCAAUCUUCCCUUCUGACUGCUGGGGUGAUUUCCAGCCACCCACACCUCCCCACUUCUCCUUGCCAUCCCCUGCCCUCAGGCACAGAGCCAAGGGUUUUCGGGAGUGAGAAGGGUAAAGGAAGACUUGCUUCUUCAGGUGGUUGGUGGGUGGUAGAGAAAGGGAAAGCCCCCAGACUCCUCCCAGCCCCAAUUCCCCUUUCUCACUUGCUUCAGGGUUAAAACAAGAAAUCUGCCCCUGGGGACAGGCAGAGAAGUAGGUGAGGCUCGAGCUCCCUGUAAAGACAAUAGCAGUGGCCAAAGUGAGUCCUUCUCCACUGCAAGGCUGGAAUCAAAGUCCAGAGAGGGCCUUGGUCACGCGCUGCCAGGUCACACAGCGAGGAGAAAGCGCAGCCUGCCGGGUGGAGCUGGUCUGUCUUUCUGCUUCCUUGACCCAGAUCACUGUGGGGCAGGUGAAUUUUCCUUUCUGUGACUUGGUCUCCCGUUGCUUAGAAUGGUGAUCAGAAUUUCACGCUUAGUUUACGAGGUUGUGCCGAGGAUGAAACGAUUCCCCUGGAAAGCAGUGUGGCGCAGGGCCCAGGGUAAAGCCCACGAGACAUGUUACUGUUAUUGCCCUUGUUGUUGUUGCGACUGUGUCUUUGGCAUCUGGGCAAAAGUGGUUUGAAAACAAAACAACACCUUUCUCCAUUGUUUUGACAUUUGUUUUUCCUUCCAGUCACUAUGUUUCAUUUGAAGGGGUGUCUGCAAGAAUUAAAAAUAGGUCAAGAUGACUGCUUCAUGGGCAUGGGGUUUCCUUUUGGGGUGAUGAAAAUGUUCUGGAACUAGAUAGUGGUGGUUCACAGCAUUGUGCAUGGACUAAAUGUCACUGACUUGUACCCUUUAAAAUGGUUGAAAUGGUAAAUUUUAUGUUAUGGGUAUUUUACCACAAUAAAAAGGAAAAAAAAACU